AUGAGAAGCGGGGCUGCGCCUUUAAGGGGCCGGCGGCUCCAGGCUCCGGGCCCGGGUCUCUCCGCGCCGGCUGGGGGAACUCGGCGAUGCCGCUGGUGCUUCUGUGCGGCCUGCCCUGCAGCGGGAAGAGCCGCAGGGCGGCGGAGCUGAGCGAAUAUCUGCGGGAGGUGGCGGGCAGGAAGGUGGUGGAGGUGGGAGACCGGAGCCUGGGGGUGGAGCGCAACGAGGUCUAUGCGGAUUCUCGGAAGGAGAAGGAGCUCCGGGGAGCUUUGAAAGCAGAAGUUGAAAGAAAAAUCAAUAAAGAAGAUGUAGUAAUUGUGGAUUCUCUAAAUUACAUCAAAGGUUACAGAUAUGAACUGUUCUGUUUAAUAAAGCAUGCACAGACUCCACAUUGCUUGAUUCACUGUGAGACUGCAGCUGAUGUCUGUUCAUCGUGGAACCAGAGCAGAGAGCUGGAGAAACAAUACUCCCAGGAAAUUUUUGAUGCACUGGUGAUGAGAUUUGAGGCUCCAGAUUCCAGGAACCGAUGGGAUAGCCCGUUGUUCACCAUUCAGAAGGACGAUACCCUACCGUUUGAGGCAAUAAGCGAUGCAAUCUUCCACAGGAAAGCCCCUCCACCCAACCAGUCAACGCUGAAUCAACCGCUUUCUUCUACAAACUUCUUGUACGAGUUGGACAGAGUUACACAGGAAAUGCUGAUGGCAAUAUUAAAUGCACAGAAGACAAGUGUACCGGGAGACCUGAUUACUGUACCAGGAGCUAAUGUGAAAAUAGAGCUGACGCGUGGCCUUCAGAUGGCUGAACUUCGCAAGCUGAGGCGCCAGUUCAUCAGCUACACCAAGAUGCACCCCACAGAAAACAUCGGGCAAAUUGCAAAUAUGUUUGUACAGUACAUUAACCGAAGCUUGCAUUGACAAGCAAUUAAAAGCUGCAAAUCGGGA